UGCAGAGGAACUGCUCACUGUGGACUGAUAAACUCACAGUAUCCUGCAGCAAAAUCAACUAUUCAUAUCGUCUCCAGCGACAUGAGAGAGUGCAUCUCUAUCCACGUGGGCCAGGCAGGUGUCCAGACAGGAAACGCCUGCUGGGAGCUCUUCUGCCUCGAGCACGGCGUUGGUCCUGAUGGCGUCUUCCUGGACAGUCCUGCAGAACCCAACUCUCGUGAAGACCCAUUCAACACUUUCUUCAGUACUGGGAGCUAUGGGCGUCAUGUUCCCAGAGCAAUCUAUGUGGACCUGGAGCCCACAGUGGUUGAUGAAGUGAGAGUUGGGAAGUACAGGGAGCUUUUCCACCCUGAGCAGCUGAUCUCUGGAAAGGAGGAUGCAGCCAACAACUACGCUCGAGGCCAUUACACUGUCGGGAAAGAAAUCAUUGAUGAUGUCAUGGAGCGUAUUCGUAAAAUGUCGGACCAGUGCACCGGCCUUCAGGGGUUCCUCGUCUUUCACAGCUUUGGAGGUGGAACCGGCUCUGGCUUCACCUCUCUGCUGAUGGAGCGCCUGUCUGUCGACUACGGCAAGAAAUCCAAGCUGGAGUUUGCUGUGUACCCAGCUCCCCAGGUGUCCACUGCUGUGGUGGAGCCCUACAACGCCAUCCUGACCACCCACACCACCUUAGAGCACUCCGACUGCGCCUUCAUGGUGGACAACGAGGCCAUCUAUGACAUAUGUCGUCGCAACAUGGACAUUGAGAGUCCUGGUUACAUCAACCUUAACAGAUUGAUCGGUCAGAUCGUUUCCUCGAUCACCGCCUCCCUUCGUUUCGACGGCGCCCUCAAUGUCGACCUGAUGGAGUUCCAGACCAACCUGGUCCCAUUUCCACGUAUCCACUUCCCUCUGGUUACCUACUCGCCCAUCAUCUCUUCUGAGAAGGCGUACCACGAGCAGCUGACUGUGACCGAGAUCACCAGUGCCUGCUUCGAGCCGAUCAAUCAGAUGGUCAAGUGUGAUCCUCGUCACGGCAAGUACAUGGCGUGCUGCAUGCUGUACCGAGGCGACGUCGUCCCAAAGGAUGUGAACGCUGCCAUCGCAAAUAUAAAGACCAGGCGUUCCAUUCAGUUUGUUGACUGGUGCCCAACUGGCUUCAAGGUGGGCAUUAACUACCAACCUCCCACUGCCGUUCCUGGUGGAGACCUGGCCAAAGUCCAGAGGGCUGUGUGCAUGCUGAGCAACACCACGGCCAUCGCUGAGGCCUGGUCCCGUCUCGACCACAAGUUCGACCUCAUGUAUGCCAAGCGUGCGUUUGUCCACUGGUAUGUGGGUGAAGGCAUGGAGGAGGGAGAGUUUGCAGAGGCCAGAGAGGACCUGGCCUGUCUGGAAAAGGAUUACGAGGAGUUGGGUCAAAUGAGCCCCGAUUCUGAAAAUGACGACGAGGGCCAAGAAUACUGAACAUCGUAAGACUGUGACGGCUGCACAGCAGUGAUUUUAUUCUGUACCAAGUCAAUAACGAUUUUAUACCUGUACUGUGUAUCUUUUAAGAUAGAGUUAACCAAAUGAAUGAUCUUUCUCACUGCCAUGUUUUUAUAUGGCUACUACUAAAGUUGUAUUUGAAUUUUGCUGGGAAAUAAAGUUUGUCUGGGCAAAACUUGUUUGAGAUGUGCAGUGCAAGCAGGGUGUUGCAGACAGUGGUCAAAGACGACACCAUGUAACCACAUCCCCAUUAUAAAUCCACCCAGGGAACACUUGCAGGUCUGAAAGGUGAGUAUAUGGAAAAAAAAUACAAAGGACAUACUUCAUCUAACAAAUAAAGUUUAGUUCAUUUGACACAGUGAGAUGUAGGACCCCAGGUCUUAUAAUAUUAAAUAUGUUUUGCAGAUUAUGUUCACUAUAAUCAUCUUGUGACUUUGCAAAUACUUUUAAUAAACAAGUUUUCUCAUUA